GCAGAAUACCCUGGAGUUUGGUAAAUGGGAAUUGAAAAGUUGACUCUAACUCCUCCUACUGAGAAAGUGAUGUAAAGUGAAGUUGGAUGCCCUGUUGAGCGUCGUCAAAUGGAUGGCUGUGAUUGGCCAAUGAUCGCUGACCGUCGAUGUCGUGCACGGACCACAUGAAAUUUGUCCCACUGGCGAUUGAAGCUCGGGAGCUCCAGCAACUUUUUUCCCAUCACCAGGUGCACCCCAUCACGCCGGCAGGACAGAGAUCUCCUGCUUUCCAGACACGAUGCCACCGAGGUUACCACAACAGGCCGCGCGCGCCCUGCGCAGGCUGGCGACGCCCUCAACCCCCAUCACACGAUCCUUCACGACCACGACCGCCUUCCUCGCCGUCCCAGCCGCCGCAAGCCUCCGCCUGCCCGCCGACUACGUCCCCGCAACGAAGCCUCAGUCCGCCCGUCCCCCCGAAACCCGCAAGUCCCAGCUCAUCAGGACCUACACCUCCCUCCUCCGCACGACGCCCCUGAUCCUCUUCUUCCAGCACAGCAACCUGACGGCAGACGAGUGGUCCGCCAUCCGUCGCGAACUCAACAGCGCCCUCGUCGCCGCCACGCCCGCGGGCACCAACAGCCCCCUCGAUGGCCGCGAAGUCCACCUCCAGGUCCUGCGCACGCGCAUGUUCAACGUCGCGCUGAAGCUGGCCGAGUUCUACGACCCCGAAGUCGCUAAGGCCAAGGCCACCACGCGGACGGGGCCCCGCGGCCCGCUGGUGCACGAUCUGAGUAUGGCGGCCUACGAGGCGAUGAAUGAUUUCGAGGUCCCCGAAGACUCUACCUACGCGCAGAUCUCACCCUUGCUCUGCGGUCCUACGGCGGCGCUGGUGUUCCCCGCCGUCUCGCCUGCGCACCUCGCGGCCGCGCUGAAGAUCCUGGCGCCGAGCCCGGGCAAGUUUGCGGCACCGACGAGGAAGAAGAACCCGGGAUACUACGAGCCGCUGUGCCAGAGCGCGUUGCAGAAGCUGCUGCUCGUCGGUGGACGGGUCGAGGGUGACGUGUUUGAUGUCGAUGGCGUCAAGUGGGUUGGCGGUAUCGAGGGUGGUCUCGACGGGCUGCGGGCGCAGCUUGUGUACAUGCUCCAGAGCGCUGGAUUGGGUCUUACUACUGCUCUUGAGGGCGGAAGCAAGAGCCUUUGGUUGGCGUUGGAGGGACGGAGGACGCAGUUGGAGGACGAGGGGAAGCCUAAGGAGAGCGAGAGCGCGGAGCAGACGAAGAGCGAGUAAAUGGGGUUGCUUGUGAGGGUGGUGUAUGAUAGUGCUGUAAAAGUCUGUAUUAUCACGGGAUACGGAUCUCUACUAUAGAGCUAAACUAUUUGUUCAUGGCAUUUGAAGUUGGACAUGUCUUGAUCCAGUGUAUGAUUGUAAAGUCCUCUUUCUUGUCUUGAAAAUGAAGAAGGCUACUUUGACUUAAGGUAGAUACUUACGUACCUAUGAUAUCUCUUCGAUCCCGUUACCGAUUAGCAUGCUAUCGUUUAUCUAACUGAUGCCUAAAUGGAUGGCCGUAUAAAACUGCCGUUCAAAACGGGGACAGGAGACGUUAACGAACGUUUGACCAUCUUCUUCGAGGUCAUUGAGGUAAGCCGUGGAAUUGAUCAUAUCAAUAUCUUGACGUAGGUAUUCCUGAAUAAUACAGUCUUCAAGGCUAGCAAACUCUUAUAGUUCGUCUCAGCCGCCUCGAUUG